UGUUCUUCUCCUUCCUCCCUGUCCUCUCUGCAACUCCUUGAAAUCUCCACCACCAUUUUCUCUCUCAAAUUAAUUCUCUCUAUCGCACGAUGUCUUUGAUCCAAUUCUCAAUCUCUCCUAUCACUUCUGUUCGCUCCUCGCCCUCCUCCUUCCCCAGCUCCCCAUUGCACCCGAUCGUGUCCUCCUCCGUCACCAAAGACUCAUUCUCUCUUUCUUCUUCUUCUUCUUCUUCUUCUAAGCUGUUAAACUUUAGCUCGAGAAGCAGAUUUUCACUGUCUCUGAAGGAUGAUGUGAAGAGGAACGGUUGGGCUUUCACGGUGAGGUCGAGCUUGGAUACUGUGGGUCCUACAGCUACUGUGGGACAGGUUACUGAGGUCACCAAGGAUACCUUCUGGCCCAUCGUCAAGUCCGCCGGCGAUAAGAUUGUCGUCCUUGACAUGUACACUCAAUGGUGUGGACCUUGUAAAGUGAUAGCUCCCAAAUUUAAAGAUUUGUCAGAGAAGUAUCUUGAUGUUGUCUUCCUAAAGCUUGAUUGCAACCAAGAUAACAAGCCAUUGGCAAAGGAGCUUGGCAUAAGGGUGGUGCCUACUUUCAAGAUUCUCAAGGACAGCAAGAUUGUAAAGGAAGUGACGGGGGCCAAAUUUGAUGAUUUGGUGGUUGCCAUAGAGGCUGUUAGAUCCAGCUGAAUCUCCUUUCUCCUGUAAAAAAAGUAAAAUACUUGAUAAGUACCAAGGACCAAUGGGCGGCUCCAAAAUCUGAAAAAUAAUGAUGUCUGCUUUAAUGUAUCCAUUGAACCUUUUCCCUGGGAAUCCAUAUUGGUUGAGAACAGGUAAAAUGAGAUUAUGUUCUGCUUCAGGGAGAAUAGAAAUGAGGUAUGAAAAAAAAAAUCAUUUUAAUUGUUUCCGUUUCCCUGAAGUAGUAGUAUCCAUGAAAAAAGAAUGAUGUAAAUGCCACUGAAGCUAUUGUGAAUCGAUUUUAAUUAACUGAAUAGAAUUUCUUUUGCA